AAACCUCGUAAAUAUUAUGUACCCUCACAACCCCAGUAAGAAAGAAGGAUUCAUUGAGGCAGUGAUAUUAUUAUUAUCAUCACACAGUGAUCAUGAGGGCAGAUUACAUCAUCCGACAGAGCCACAAACAAACAAAGUGUGAUGGCUCUGACACACACAGACACGCCUUUAAAGCCUUGUGGAGCAGCCACAUUCAUAACUUUGUAUGCAGCCAGAUUGGUGAUUCAUCUCUGCCACAUUUCCCGGCUGUGAGUGGGGCCUUCAUGGAUUCGCCGUACAAUGGCAACACGUCUUUGCAGACGUCCACCUCCAACCUCAACGCUGGAUACUCUCGACCCUCAGAAGCGGAGGAUGAUGGGAAAGUGUCCAGUGACACAAUUUGGCUGUGGAUCGCUGUGCUGGCAACUAUUGGCAACAUAGUGGUGGUGGCUGUGGUUUGCGCCUGUGCCUUCUGACAAGAUGGACGCAAAGAAUACUGUUGCUGUUGGAUAAUGGGAAAUCUUACCUGAAAGUAUAUUUUUCUUCAGAAAUGAUGUAAAUAGCCUUAUUUUUAGAUUUCUGACCUUUUUUUUUUUUGAAGAGCAAACUUUAAUUUGAAACAGGAAUUUGCAUGGGACUCUUCAUUCAAAAGAGUAGAAACAUUUAACUACAGUAAAAAUAGACAAAAAUAUUUAUUUAUUUAUUUAAAGCUGUCACUAGAUUGAAAUACUAGAGAGACAGAUGAUGGAGACACAAGUAUGUCCAACUUUAUGUGUUUAAUUCUACAACAACGUUAAAAGAAAAGCCACAAAAUAAAUCACAUGUUUUUCAGUAUCUUACUUAAAAUACUGAAAAACUUCACCCUGACCAAACAACACCACACACAGACAGAUGCCAUGCAUGUAUACAAACUAUGCUACUUUUAUUUUAUCCAGACGUGUUGCCAUAUGAAUUUGAAUUACAGUUGACUGAACUUCACUUCAUUCAGAGUUUCUCUGCUGGUCUCUGCUACCCUUCAAUCAUCAGCCUUACUCAAACACAGCCUGAAACUAGAAUGAGCCACCAGCUUAUCAUUAAUACUGCAUAAUUUAUAUUGAAAUAUUUAUUAAUUUUAAUCACCAUCAUGGAAAAAAACAACAAUGUGAAACAGUGAAAUGCAUA